AUGCCUACAGAAUUAGAGGAGUUGGUUGGCUUUAUUGCCGACCCUAAACCUGAGAUUCGAGCUCUUGCGACGGAGCAUCUAGUCCCCUAUUCGACGUCUCAGCCCAGCAUCUUCAAGGUGGAUAAUUCUAAGCCUAUUAAAAACUUGAAGCUCUUAGUGAAAGAUCAUCCGAAAAUUGCUGAGCAUGUUAUAACUAUACUUAUCAACCUUGCGGCUGAUCGAGAAAUUCUGGAAAGCUUAGCUACGGACGACAAGUUCUUAGAUGAGAUUCUAAGACAGAUAAUUAUCGCAACCGAACCUAACGCAAAUCUCCUUUCUAUGCUACUAGCAAACCUUUCAAAAUGGGACUCCCUAAAGAGGUUGUUGAACAAGAAGCAGCCAUCGCCGACCGAGCUUGGAUCAAACGAGCUGGUUUUAAAUCAGCUAGUUGAUUUGUUCGUUAAAGGCGCAGACGGAUCGUAUAACAAGAACGCAGAUUUCGACCAUCUAGCUUAUCUCUUUGCUGAUCUAACAAAACAUGCCGAGGUCCGGCACUUUUUUGUACGGAAGCAAGAAUAUGAUGGGGUGAUACCUAUCACAAAACUGAAGGUCUUCACUGAGUAUAAGUCGAGCGUCAGGCGAAAGGGAGUCGCUUCUACUCUAAAGAACGUCGCUUUUGAUAUACCUUCACAUCCACUAUUCUUAUCGGAGGAUGACAUUGAUAUCUUGCCAUAUGUGCUGCUACCGAUAAUGGGGAACGAAGAGUACGACGAAGAUGAGAUGAUGUCAAUGCUUCCCGACCUUCAGCUUCUUCCUCCUGAUAAACAGCGCGAUGACGACCCGAACAUCAUCCAGACGCACGUCGAGACACUGUUGCUUUUAUCGAGUACUAGGGAGGGUAGAGAACAGAUGCGUAACGUCAAGGUGUACCCAAUCAUUCGGGAAACCCACUUGCGUGUUAACGAUGAAGGCGUUCGAGAUGCCUGCGAGCGGUUAGUUCAGGUUCUAAUGCGUGAUGAGGAAGAUCCGGAUAAGGUGGAUCGUGUCAAGGAAAUUGGACAGGACGACCAAGACGGCAACGAAGAGGAUGAUGACCAAAUCGUCGAGGUGUAG